AUGCCUUCCGACAAGUCAGACAAAAAGCGCAAGCGCUCAGAUCACUCAGACGCUCCCAGCAAAAAGGCAGCUGGCCUACUAUCCCUCCCGCCGCUCGCCGCUAGCGUUGUCGAGGACCAGAGCGCUCUGGCGCCAGUCAUUGCCUCCACACCCGGCGUUUUGAACCAGAAAGCUCUUCGCUGGACCCCGUAUCUCAAGCCACGCGAUGAGGCUGAGCGUUCUUCCACUUCGACCCGAAACCCUGGCAUUGUCUCCUCGGAGAUUUUGCUCCAGUCCUCCGAGCACGACAAGAUGGAUUUUGUUGGCCGCGAGGGCUUGGGAGACGACACUGAUUCACAAGUGAAGCAUUACGUCGCUGUGAUUGAUCCAGAACGCAAGACAUGGCAGGUCGUCGAAGCGCGGCGAGUGACCCUCCGGGGUGCUGUCCGCAGCGCUGUCGAGGAUGAAGAGGAGGUCUCAGAGGAAGAGGAGAUGAACACCAUGCGUGCUCAACGAACAAACCUCACAAACACAUUUGGUACAAAGCAAUCUCGCAAAGCGGUACAGUCUAUGGCAGAAAAUGCGCAACUGUCCAACGCGCCUGCUGGAACUGUUCCCGAAGCCGGCGCUGCGCUUAUUGGAUCUUUGCCUGCGGAUGUUGCCUCUGGACGAGCGAAGGAAAGCAACGUCCAAGCCGAAGUCCAAGCCGCCAAGCCUGUGCCUACGCCCGACCUGACAGCCGUGCACCCCUUGGACAUCUACAAGCUGUCCGACUUAGUCCCCGGUGGCUCCAUCACUCUGGAGCAGCUGACGGGCGUCAAUGAGUGGAAGAAGCAAGUCGAGUCAGGUAAGGAAGUAGUCACCGGCUCUCGCUACGUCUCAUCCCGCGUCGAAGCCGUCGUCAAAUCUGGCGACAAGCAACUCCUGCAAGUCCUCCGAUUUAUCCAUCUCCUGCUCGAAUUCUCGCGCUCGCUCAAGAGCAUGGGCAAGGGCUCCGCGGGCGCCGCUCCGGGAAGUAAGAAAUUGCCUCCUCGCGAGGACCUGCGCAAGGCACUCUCUAGCACAACAAACAGCAAGGACGCAGAGCCCUCAGCAGAAGAGCUCCUCCCCGACUCGGUGAUCGAGGCUGUUCGUCGCCGUUUCGUGCCCAGCGGCGGUUUCCUGAGCAAGUUUGACCUGACUCUCCUGCACACCACGAUCUGUGCGCUUACGCUGCACAUCGGACCUAAGCCCGCGGCUGAUAAGAUGGGCGGGAACGGGCCCAACGAGCUUGCGACGGAUCCGUCCGAUCUGCGCGAUGACUUGCGUUUGGACUCGCCUACGAUCCAGCAGUACUUCCGCGAGCUGGGCUGUAUCAUCAAUAAGCCGUUGCAGUCUGAUCAUGCCCGGUUCAAUAUCAAGGGCAAGGCCGAGGCUAAUGCCCGGAAGAUCGUUCGUCUGCGUGUGCCGCCUAGCUUCCCUAAGGUCAGUCGUGGGGGUCGUGCAUAA